AUGCGGAUUGCGUCCGGCCUCACGUACGCUGGGGUACACGAGCGCGACCCGAUCGCAUCUGCGACUUUGACUGCUGAAUACACCCAAUUCACUAUCCCCGCCUCCGCUGAUGUUGGUGCACAACUGAUUGCCAACAUUGACGACCCACAAGCUAUUAACGCACAGUCCGUGUGCCCCGGGUACAAAGCAUCUAAUGUGCGCCACACUAGUCAUGGCUUCAGCGCCAGCCUGGAGCUGGCUGGUGACCCGUGUAAUGUUUAUGGGACGGAUGUCGAUUUAUUGACACUGAAUGUGGAAUUUCAAGAUAUGAAUCGUCUGAACAUUCAGAUCGUACCUACCUACUUGGAUGCCUCGAAUUCAUCUUGGUUUACUCUUUCAGAAGAAAUUGUUCCCCGGCCCAAAGCCUCCCCUGGUGCCUCUGCCUCGCAUAGCGAUCUCUCCCUUACAUGGUCCAAUGAGCCCAGCUUCAACUUCCAGGUGACCCGGAAGGCAACCAGAGAGGUGAUUUUCGACACUACAGGCUCUGUGUUGGUCUUUGAAAAUCAGUUCAUUGAGUUCGUCACGAGCCUUCCCGAAGAAUACAAUUUAUAUGGGCUUGGAGAGCGGAUUAACCAACUGCGGCUCUUGAGAAAUGCCACCCUUACCACGUAUGCAGCAGAUAUCGGUGACCCAAUUGAUGCCAAUGUCUACGGUCAUCAUGCGUUUUAUCUAGACAGCCGCUAUUACUCCGUUGACGAACACACUAAAGAGCACACAUACGUGAAGAGCAGCGAGUCCGAUCCAUCACAUGAAUAUGUAUCGUACUCGCAUGGUGUUUUCCUGAGAAACGCCCAUGGCCAAGAGGUGAUCCUGAACCCCCAUGGCCUGACGUGGCGCACCGUCGGAGGAAGCAUCGAUCUCACCUUGUAUUCGGGACCGAGUGCGGCAGAUGUCACCAAACAGUACCAACUCAGCACCAUUGGACUUCCUGCUAUGCAAAAGUACAACACUCUCGGCUUCCAUCAAUGCCGCUGGGGCUACACCAACUGGUCUGAACUUGCGGACGUUGUUGCCAAUUUCGAGAAGUUCGCAAUUCCUCUGGAAUAUAUCUGGUCCGAUAUUGAUUAUAUGCAUGGUUACCGAGAUUUUACCUUGGAUCAACAUCGGUUUUCUGAUAGCGAUACCAAGGAGUUCCUCGACAAGCUCCACGCAAAUGGGCGCCAUUAUGUUCCCAUUGUGGAUGGGGCUCUUUAUAUCCCGAAUCCUGAGAAUGCUUCUGAUGCGUACGACACAUACACUAGAGGCGCCGCAGAGGAUCUCUUUAUUAAAAACCCGGACGGGAGUCUCUAUAUUGGAGCUGUUUGGCCAGGGUAUACCGUCUUCCCUGACUGGUACCACCCUAAGGCGAUUGAUUUCUGGGCCAACGAAAUCGUAAUUUGGCAUGAGAAGAUGGAAUUUGACGGUAUAUGGUACGAUAUGGCCGAAGUUUCGUCUUUCUGUGUUGGCAGCUGCGGAACCGGGAACCUGACUUUGAACCCUGUUCAUCCACCCUUCCAACUUUCUGGCGAGCCGGGAAAUAUUAUUUACGAUUACCCGGAAGACUUUGAUGUCACCAAUCGCACAGAGGCUGCUUCUGCCUCCGCUGCAUCGUCCAGCCAGGCAGCUGCUAAUGGAGGAGGUUCCACCCCAUCCACCGCAACCUCAUACUUGCGCACUACCCCUACUCCUGGAGUCCGCAACGUCAAUUACCCACCUUAUGUGAUUAACCAUGUCCAGCCUGGCCAUGAUCUUGCCGUUCAUGCAAUUUCGCCUAAUUCAACCCACGUAGAUGGUAUACAAGAAUAUGAUGUUCACAGUCUCUUUGGUCACCAGGGUAUCCAAGCGACCUACGAAGGCCUGUUGAGAGUCUUUUCCGGAAAGCGCCCCUUCAUCAUCGGUCGCUCGACCUUCUCUGGAUCUGGAAAAUGGGCAGGCCACUGGGGUGGUGACAACUAUUCAAAGUGGGGCUCUAUGUAUUUCUCAAUCUCGCAGGGCCUGCAGUUCUCUCUCUUUGGUAUUCCGAUGUUUGGAGUUGAUACAUGCGGCUUCAACGGGAAUACUGACGAAGAACUGUGCAACCGCUGGAUGCAGUUGUCAGCCUUUUUCCCGUUUUAUAGAAACCACAAUGUCAUUUCAGCUAUCUCUCAGGAACCCUAUCGAUGGGCUUCCGUAAUUGAUGCAUCAAAAGCAGCGAUGAAAAUCCGUUAUUCCCUUCUACCAUACUUUUACACUCUCAUGCAGAAUGCACACUCUACAGGUUCUACUGUGCUGCGGGCGCUAGCCUGGGAAUUUCCCAACGAUCCCUCCCUAGCUGCUGUCGACACCCAGUUCCUCGUUGGGUCAUCCAUCAUGGUGGUGCCGGUUCUCGAGCCCCAGGUCGACACUGUCAAAGGUGUAUUCCCAGGCGUCGGACAGGGUGAGGUCUGGUACGAUUGGUACACACAAACUGCCGUUGAUGCGAAACCCGGCGUCAACACAACUAUUGCGGCGCCAUUGGGCCAUAUUCCUGUAUAUGUGCGCGGCGGGAGCAUCCUUCCCAUGCAGGAACCAGCAUUGACCACGAAAGACGCCCGCCAGUCACCUUGGUCUCUGCUGGCUGCCUUGGGUAAGGAUGGGACUGCCUCAGGCCAGCUCUAUCUUGACGAUGGCGAGAGUAUUUACCCUAGCACUACUCUGGACGUCAAUUUUACCGCAUCUCAUUCUACCCUAGGAGUUUCAUCCUGGGGUGAAUGGAGGGAAGCCAACCCGUUGGCAAAUGUAACCGUCUUGGGUGUUUCCAAGAAACCUUCAUCCGUGACCCUCAACGGAAAGUCAGUGCCGGUUGAAUAUGACGCCAACUCACAAGUUCUUUCCAUAACAGGAUUGGAGAAACUCACGGAGACUGGCGCCUGGGCGCGCGAGUUGACUUUCAAGUGGUAAAAAAAAAAAAAAAACCUAGGGAUUGAGCCGUAACCGGCUGGUUGAUGGAAUUCCUUGGCCAAGGAAACGUAGCUGAUCUAGAUAAUAUAAUCAAGAGUACGGAGUACUCUAUAUCGAAAC